AAAAAGAAGAGAAUCACCUGAUGGGUGGUUUAGGUCUUCCAAGAUUUUUUGAGAAUCGCCAUAAGCAUGGAUAAACACCUUACCACUAUAAUUCAACUUUGAUAGAGCCAAUCUCAUGUUCUGUGACACCUUCAAAGCACUGAGACCUUCUGGUAUUGGACAAUCAUCCACAUACCAAAAAAUGCCUGUGUUUGCUGUUUCCAUAGAGAGAGAUCGAAGAAAGAAAGAAGAGAAGAAAGAAGAGAAGAAAGAAACAGAAGAAAGAGGAAUCCACCCUUACCACCAGCAGUGGCCGCCUACAGGAGCUCCGCCUCCUCCGUCCGCAGUAUCAUCAGCUCCUCCACCACAUCCCCCUCCUCCCCCUGGUUUAGCUGAUCGUCCUCCUUAUGACGAGCUCCGGACAAUCUUCAUCGCGGGUCUUCCGGAUGAUGUGAAAGAGAGAGAGCUUCUGAACCUCUUAAGAUGGUUGCCAGGUUACGAGGCUUCCCAGGUGAACUUCAAGGGAGAGAAGCCCAUGGGUUUUGCUCUCUUCUCCACUGCACAGUUUGCAUUGGCUGCCAGAGAUGCCCUUCAGCAUCUGGUCUUUGAUGCGGAGUCCAAGUCUGUGUUACAUGCAGAGAUGGCCAAGAAGAACCUCUUUGUUAAAAGAGGAAUCGUUGGGGAUUCAAAUGCAUAUGAUCAAAGUAAGCGUCUAAGAACUGGUGGUGGUGACUGCACACACUCUGUUUAUAGUCCGUCCCCCUUCCACCCUCCACCACCUCAAGUUUGGGGUCCACCUCAUGGGUAUUUGUCACCCGCAGCUCCACCAUAUGAUCCCUAUGGAGGUUACCAUGCUCCCCCUGUACCAAUGCCUCCGUCUGCACCUAUAGCAGCUCCUAGUUCUUAUGUUCCUGUCCAGAAUGUUAAGGAUAACCCUCCUUGCAAUACCCUUUUUAUUGGGAAUCUCGGAGAGAAUAUAAACGAAGAAGAAUUGAGGAGCCUGUUGAGCGCGCAGCCUGGUUUCAAGCAAAUGAAAAUUCUGAGACAAGAAAGGCAUACUGUUUGCUUUAUUGAAUUCGAGGAUGUGAAUAGUGCCACAAACGUUCACCAUAAUUUGCAAGGCGCUGUCAUUCCAAGCUCUGGUUCAGUUGGCAUGAGGAUCCAAUUUUCCAAGAAUCCAUAUGGAAAAAGGAAGGAAGGUGGCGGCCAUUCUUUCUUUCCUUCACCGAGCGCUAAUAUCUAUGGUAUUACAACUACCAAAGAAAAGGAGCGGCAUGAAUUUCAUCUCUAACUUGAAGCCAAAGAAGUUUUUAUGGAAGAUUAGGGUGAAAGUCAUAAAACUUUGGAAGCAGUAUUCGGCCGCUGAUGGAGAGACCAGUAAAAUGGUUUUCUUAUGUUGUAUAUUCUUUACAUCUUAAAAAAAAAAAUCAAAUGUUGCUUCUGCUAAUCUAUAUAGGGGUGUCCAAUUUGGAUGUCGGUUCGGUUUCUUCGGUUUUUUCGGUAUUUCAGUUUAUAAAAAAUAGCUACCAUAUUAAAACCAUAUUUACUUUGGCUUGGUUCGGUUUAUAUACCGCCAGUUUCUGAUUUAUUUGGUUUUAUACCAAAAUACCAUAAAUAUAAUAUUUUAUAACA